AUGGCGUUAUUUUCAUCAAAACCAGCCAAUUCUCUUCUUUAUCCUGCUUAUCAAUUUUUAACGCAAUUAAGAAAUAGUGGAAAUGGACGUUGGUAUCCUCAACCAUUUAAUGAAAUGAGCAGACACAGAACUCGGCCUCCAACUUAUGGCAUUCAACGACGGACAGAAUUGGUUUGUAUAGACAAUUCAGAAAUUGGGAAGGAUGCGAAUAUGAGUGGAAGAUUGGCCUAUUGUAUUUGGGUGUACAAAAGAGGAUACAGGAAGAGGCAUAUGCCUAAGGCUGAACUUGGAGAUAAGAUACUCGUUGCAAUACGAGGCGAGAUGCGUAGGGCAAUCGUUGUUGGUGCAACACAACACGCUUUUAUUAGAAAACAUGGAAUUCCUUCAACAGACACAAACAAUAUUGUUCUUUUGGAUGACAAGGAAAAUCCAAUAGGUAAUCGUGUUCUUGGUCCAAUGCCUUCUUAUUUGAUGCGUUUGCGUGAGAAACAGCCAAUUUUACAAAAAGUGUGUGCUUUAGGCAAAAAAUUCUUUUAAUUAAAUCUUUUUUGUUAUUUUGAAAAUUAAAUAAAAAUUUUGAGAAAAAUAUUUUUAACAAAAAAAUUUGUUUCUUUUACAACUGUUUUUUGACAGAUUAUUUUUUUGUUUUAUGUUUACGUGGGCGCUUUGCUCAAAAUUUAAAUGUUUCGUCUGUUCUCCAUCUCUCUUGUUUAUUUUUCUCUAUUUAUCUCUUAUUUCUCUUUCCAUCGUCUUCUCUCGUCCCUUUGUCUCUUGUUAUCCAUCUUCUCUUGUUAUUGCAUUUAUUGAUUUUUGUUGUCGGUUGCUUUUGCUCAGACAAACGAAACCAUACAUUGGUUAGAGAAGACAAUUUUGUUUUUCCAACG